AUGUCGAAGAAUUUUCCAGCCGCUCUAGAUUAUUUGGGAAAAGAAGCAGAAGAAUUCUGCCCAGCGCAUAAUUUAUAUUUGAAACCACUUGCUAUUAUUAAAAUAACUGUUUCACUGCCAAAAAUGACAAUUCCGGGUCAAUCAAUAUCAAAUUGGGAUCUCAUGGAAAAACUAAAGAAAGCUGUCGACCCAAUUCAAAUGGAUUCUAUUAAAGUUCGAGAGAGCAAUGUCGACAGUGUCAUAUUUGAAGCAGAGCUACUAUCAAUUGGAAUCAUGAAAAAGGCAAUGUCAAUAUUGGACACUUUUGCCAUGAAAGUCUCGGGAUUCGCAGAACCACUUCGUGUAAAAACUAAAGAAGCCAAGCAAGAUUUUCCAAGUCGUCAUGAUUGGGAUCUUUGGUUCAUGAAAAAUAAGAUGGACGAGACCAAACCAGGAGAGCGUCCGGAUACAAUAUAUCUUGCAAAAGUACCCGUUAAAUGGUUUAAUGAAGGAAAAGGCGAUCUCCCUUCAGAAAAAAUGCUAAAGGAGGCAUUUGAGGUAUUUGGACCAAUUCGGACAGUAGAUAUACCAAUUUGUGAUCCGUUGAGACUUGAAAUGUCUUCAAAAAUUUCGGGAAUUCAACAAAAAGGUUUUGGUUUAGGGCAGGAUAUUUUCUUUGAGGCAUAUGUACAAUUUAUGGAAUAUAAGGGUUUUGCCACAGCGAUGGAUUCGUUGCGGAACAGAAAAUGGGCGAAAAGGAUCGACGGACGAUUUUUCCAAGCUCACGUAAAGGUGGAUUUCGAUAAAACGCGUCAUUUGAGUCAAGCAUCGAUCGAUAAACGAUUCGAAGCAAAAAGAAAAAUUGAAAACGAGCGCAUCAAAAAAGAAAAUGAAGAAAAGAAAAAGAAGCUGGAAGAAGAAAUGCGACGCAAGAAAGAACAAGAAGAGAAAGAUCGUAGAAGAGAAGAACGGGAAAAACGUCGCCGUGAAAAGAGAGAACUUGAACGUUUACAAGAAGAGGAGCGAAGGAAAAAAGAAAAGUUUAAAAAGGAAACUGAGCAGAGGGCGUUGGCCUCUCGAAAAUCCGAGGCGUUAAGGCUUCUGAAACAUAUUUUUUCGAAUAUUGAGGCUAAAGAAGAGCGAAGAAAGCGAAAAGAGGAAGAAAAACUGAAAGAGGAACUAAAACAAAUCGAAAAUCUUGAAGAUCAGCCGGUCGAGAAGGAAGAAGCCUUGAGACAUGCACUAUUGGUUCAGAGAGAACUUCGAAUGAGGGAAAGACUGAAAGAGAAGUUGGAAGCCGCAGUGAAGGAAAAUGAAAAACAGAAAAAGUCGAAAUCGAAACAUAAAUCAAAAAGGAGAGAUUCUUCUUCUGAAAGUGAUUCAUCAUCGUUGACAGAAUUCGGAUGGAGUUCUGAAGAGGAACGAAGGCGAAAACGGAGAAGCUUAAGAAAUUCGAGAAAUGGCCAAAGACGACGUUAUUCGGAAGAAUCGCCAGCGAGAAAUAAUCGACGCAGAAGUCACAGUUCAUCUGACUCCUAUGAUCAUAAGCGGAGUCGAAAUAUUCUCGAGGAAGUUCGACGACAGACGCAUAAUCGAAAUGAACAAACUGUAGACGCGAUAUGGUCUUCGAUUGAUGUUCUCACCAAGGUUUUGACGUCGAAGGAGAUGUACACUAAAAUCGAUCCGAUCAUCGAAGAAUGUGAUCCAGUUUCUUCGAUUAUAUUAUUGACAUCAGUUAUUUCAAAAACGAGGAAGAUUCCGUUCUCGAAAAUUCGAUAUCUUGUGAAUUGGGUUCAAUUAAUUAUUGCGAAAAACGUUUCGAAGUUCAUCGAAUCUCAACUAGACGCGCCGGCCGAUGAUGAUUUUCGUAAACAGAGCAAUCAAGAAUUUGCUGUUGCUUAUUUAUCAUUGCCUGGAAAAAUUUCGAAUUAUCGGGCAAUCGCUUCGAGCUCGAAAGAUCAGGAAAUCAUUGAUAAUUGUACGAAGGCUCUGGAGAACUCUCUCGUAUCUGCGCUCGAAACUGCUUUGGAGUCAGCAAUUGAAAAAAUUGGAUCCAGUUCAUGUGUGAACCUUGAGUUGAUUUCAUUUUUUCUAACAAAAGGACGAAAUUUACGAAUCGAAGAAAAGAAAUCAAAUUUGCUAUCAGUGAUUUUCGAAUGGAUUUGUGAAAAACCGAAGGACAAUUUGAAAUGGGAUCGAAUUGCGCAACGAAUGUUCACCGAUGAGAGUUGCGGAGUUCGAGAAUUUGAAGCACUGUCGACAAAUAUUGCUAUACUGGCAAAGAAUUGCGACCAACUAGAAAGAUGCUUUGGUGGUGCGAUCAAAACCUCGGUGAUUCUAAAUCGGGUGAUCACUGUGAAGGUGAUAUUCCAAAGAAUUCUGCCAUUUUGCUCGCUCGCUGCAAUUUUAGAUUAUAUUCACAGAUUCCUCAAGGAGCCGGGAAUUUUGAAAGUUUUGGAAAUGGCCAUCCAAGUUUGGAUAAAUGCUUCGUUCAUUCGAGCUGCGACAAUCGAACAGUACCGACAUACAACACGGGUUCUUCUCUACUGCUUUUACAUAUUGAAAAAUGACCCAUCAAGCAAAGUUGUCUGGGCAACCGUAUUUGCCAAAAUUAACGAUGGUAUUCAUGAGAGAAUUUCAAAUUCUGAUUUGGAAAUUCGACAAACGGGAAUGUUUAUUGGAGAAACGCUCUCCAGAUUUGUGGAUGUUGUUGACGAAAAGGUUCUCAAUUUUGAUUAUAAGGAUGACGAAUGGCUAAAUGAAAUGAGGGGAAUUAUCGAAAAAGGAUAUGAACCGGAACCGAAGAAAACCGAAGACAACGUUACGAGCAAUUUAACGCAUGUGCAAGAAGUUCCAUCGUAUUUUAAUCAUCUACCAACUCCUCCUAGUUUGAGAGAAACUUCUGAAGCCGUUGAUUCUGACGACGAUGAUGAUUUUCCGGUUUAUGAAAUUCCCGAGGAGGAGAAACAGUUCCAAAAGUUACGAAUAAGCGAUGAACCGUUGAAGAAAGCAGACCCUCCGAAAUACAUUGCAGAUGCAUUUGAGCAACUUCAUGAGAAGGAGAGAUACGAAGUUUUUGAAGCAGCACUGUCUGCAUUGGAAGAUAUGAUCAAAAGAAAUGCUCUUGGUUUUCCCGAAAUUGCUACUCGUUUGGCUGUUAGAUUACUCUAUCUUGACGACAAAUUUUCAACUCCCAAUUUUGAGGAAAUCCGAAAGAACUGCAUUGUCGCAUGCAUGGUUCAAAAACCUUCUGUUGUUCCCGAUAUGAUCAAUGUGAUGCUUUCCGCUGAUCCGACGGUCACUCACAGAUUUCUCGUUUUGGAAUGCAUUCGAAAUGCGGCGAAAGAGCUUUGCAAACCCAAGGAAAUUGUUUUGAAAGCGAAUAAUACUGGCGGUAUUAAUGAAGAAGGAAAGGAUAACAUUCUACUUUCGCGUAUCAUUUUCACUGCUUGCGAAGUAUUCAGCUAUGCAGGAUUGUGCCCAAAAACACCACAAAUGGCUGUGAAUCUCAUCGAAUUUGUUGCGCCUUUGAGAUAUUUUGAAGAGACAAAUGUUAGAAUAUCUGUUAUGUUUGCACAUUGUACAGUAAUGGAGCUCGUACCGGAAGAAAUUCUUUUGACAAUUUUCUCAACGGAUGCGAUCAAUAUCUGGUUCGACUGGGCUCGAUCCUCAUUUGAAAAUCCCGAAACGAAUGAGCAUGAGAGAAAACUUGCCUCCUGUGUGAUGAAUGAAGUCAUCAACAAAAUUAAGCAUGAGAUUUAA